CCUGGGGAAACCCCUCCCGCUCAGGAGACAGUGGGGUGGGGGCAGCUCCCUGCAGCCCCUGCCCACUGCAGAGCCCCUGGCAGGGCCUGGGGGGCAGGUGUGUGCAGCCCCUGUGUGACACGGUCUGGGGUCACAGUGGGACAGCCGCACGUCACAGUGGUGACAGCCCCCCUUUCCCUCUCGUGACCAGCAUCUGCCCCACUCACCCCGGUGAGGCCGAGUCGACUCCAGGCGCUGGGAGCUGCUCUCGCCACCGCUCUGCUCUGGAGUAGCUGCUCUGCAGUGAGGAGGAGAAGGCGGAGAGAGGGAGCACGACAGCACCAAGGAGGGUGAAGGUGGAGGAGGAGAAGGAGGAGGAGGAGAAGGAGGACAAGUAGGAGUAGGAGGAGAAGAAGAAGGAGAAGAAGAAGGAGAGCAGGGAGGAGGAAGAGGAGGCGUUUUGCGAGAAGCAGAAAAGCCAUCGUCCAGCCACUCUCUGCAGUUGUUGACCUGAAGCAGGAGUGGAACUAAGAUGGCAGGACGCCUCUUCUUGCAGCCUCACCUGGCUCCAACCAUCCAGAAGCUGGAGCGUUAUGAGUUCGCUAAGAUUUGGGCCAGCGCAUCGUCUCACCUCAGCCUGCAGCUGGCUCUCCACCAGGCUGUCCGCAUUCCCGGAAUCGGGACUUUUGCGGUUGUCACAAAGCGAGUAGCCCUCAGUGAGCAGGAUCUGGUGAUGGUGGAGAGACCCGUGUUUCAACUUGAACAGGCUGUUGCGCAGGACCAUGAGCUCCGCUGCGGCUGCAUAGACAUUCCUGGCCGUCAAGAUGUUGAGCAACUGCCGUUUGCUCAGAUAGCCUCAGAGAACGCUGUCUCUGAGGGCACCGUGCAGCUUUACAUGAAAAGGACCACGCACCUUUUCCAUGCCUGCCUAGAGAACAGGGAGAACGUUGCCAUCAUCUGGAGGGACGUGGGCAUGCUGAUUGUCCAGGGAAAAGACAUAAAAAUGAGAUUUUACUUAGACUUUCUGGAAAGGCUGAAUGGCAGUGGCAAGAUGCUGCAAGCUCUUCUCGAGAUGCCGGAGAUGAGGGACUCGGUCAUCUCGCGCCAUGACACCGCUGCUUCCCAGACCUCUUCUGGACGGGUUAUGGUCCUGCCGUGGUACCAACUUGAGACCGUGCCUAAAAUGCCAGUGCUGAUAGACCUGCCGGGACGUGUGCCGAGAAGAGGUGAUGGCAGUGGAAAGAAAGAGGAUGUUGCCGAGAAGCGCCUCCUUCGUCGAGCAAGGCUUUCUCCAAAUCGGUUACCUGCACUGCCUGUGAAGCCGGAGCAGGGUCAGAAAGCUGAGGGGAGUGAGCCUCGCGCCAGGCAGCUACCAGCUGUCCAGAGGAGCUGCUUGAAGGAAAAGGAGGAGAAAGGAAAGCUGCCGCCUCUGGUCGGACCCGGAACAGUGGACUUCAUUGCCAGAGCCAUGGAGAGGAGAGAAAAGAGAGAAAAGAAGAAACGGGAGAAGAAGAAGAAGAAGAAAGAGGAGCAGCUUCCACCAUAUAUCCGGAAAUUCCUGGAAGAAGAGGAAAAGAAGAAAAAAGAGGCGGCGGCAGCGGAAAAAAGGAAACAGCACUCAGCCGGAGCAAUGAAAGCAAAGGCCGAGGCAGAAAAGGAGACACCCAGUGUGACAGGAAAGGGAGAACAACCAAAGGAGAUGCAGAGGAUCCAGGAAUCCAGCUCCUCCGAGUGCUCCUCAGACAGCUCCCCGAGCAGCGUGGAGUCAGACGAGUCCAGCUGUGACCAGCUGGAGAUCAGGACGAUUAUGGAGAACUGGGAAGAUGCCGGAGAAGAGCCCCCCACAGUCCCUGAGGACAACAGCGUCCCCCCUAAGCGGAGCCUUUCCCCACGGACAGACCGGGCCCUGCGGGAGGUGGUGACCUGCAUCCUGGGGCAGGUGGCCCGCAAGAGAAGAGGGGAGAGGGAUGAGCAGCUGGAUCUGCAGGACAAGCUCCAGUGCGAGCUGGCAGUGCUGCGGUGGGAACGGUCGGGGAAAGAGGCAGGCAGCAGCCAACGCCUGCGGGAAGCUGCACCCCAGGCUGCACCCCCUGCCAGGCCAGGGGAGAGGAGGGCAGGACCGGCGCAGCCCCGCGAGUGCACGGAGGAGGGAAGACGCAAGCUCUGGGACUCCUUGCGCAGCAAGAUAGAGCAGAAGCGCAGCAGCGGCACCGCCAAAGGCCUGGAGAAAAGAGCCAGAGCUACGGGAGGCCCAGCUCUGGAGAGCACAUCUGCUCCACGUCGGCCGGUGCCAGGAGACCGUCUCGGGCGCUGAGGCUCCCGAGAGAGGCGUCCAGCAAGAGCCUCCUGCGGCGUGACGAGCGCCAGCGCCGGCCAGCCAGGCUGCUAACACCAGCUCUUGCCCCUGAUCAGUAAAGCCCCACCUGCAAACCGCUGGGUCUGACACUGUGGGUGUUUCCUUGGUGGCUGUGGAAGCUGCGCUGGGCAGUGGGUGAGCGCUGGUGGGGCAGGGAAAGGCCUGCAGGGAAGAGGGCUGGAGCUUCAGCCCUGCUCCAAGGGCAGCCCUCCCCAAGGCUCUGCUGGACCGGCUCGGCUGCGGCCCCGCUCUUGGUGCCCCUGCACCCCGUGUCCCUGGCACUGAGCCUGCCGCAGCUGCACAUCCUGACAGGAGCGGGGAGGAGGAGGAGGAGGAGGAGGACGAGGCUGGGCAGCCAGGGGAGCCGAGCUGCAGGGGAACAUGCGGGGGCUCGUCCAGCCAGGGCACUGCGGGGCGCCCAGGCCAGCGCUGUCAGGGGCACCCAGAGCUGUGCAGGAACCACCGUGUGCCACGGGGACAGUGACAGCCCAGGCAGGAGCCGUGCCUGGGGACAGGAGAGCCAUGGGGGGCAGUUGGGUAGCCGCACUCUGCCAAAGCUCGGCUGGGGCUCCGAGCCUUCUGUUGGACAGCCCCUGGUAGGAAAGGCAGGCUGGGGCUGAGGUGGGAUGGCCAGGCAGGCUUCAGCCGGGAGGUGAAGGAUGGGGUUCCGCUGCUCCACGCGCGGGGCUGAUCUCAAGUCUUGCUCAGUCGCUCUCUUCCAGCUCACUGCUGGUUUUCUGCAUUAACGAUUCAGCCUGUCCCUUGGUAUAAGGAUAUUAGGAUCCCACCCUGGAUCGGCCGAGGGACAAUUUUGGCGAGCGUGGCCUCAGCCCCGGGUCCUGGCCCCAGCACACAAAGGGGCUGAGGCCGCAUGGCCUGCUGAGGUGUGUCCUGGCCCUGAGCAGGCACCACUGCUCAACACUUGGCAACACCGGCCUCCUGCUGGAUGGGGCUUCGUUUCCCUCUUCGCCCUCAGCGGUUCUGCACGUGAGAAGCUGGAGGAUGUGACUGAAAUACAUCUUUGAUGGGAAACCGGGGGUUAUGGAUUGCAUAACUAAAGUAAAUUUGCUAAUCACACCAAGGGCCUUGUCACCCCUUCCCACCCCCCCAGGGUCCUCAGUGCCCCCUCCCGCUGAAAUGGAGAAAUAACAGCAGAGUCAAUGAUCCUGUGAAGCGGCAUUCUUUAUUUUACCAGCGCACUACGGUCACAGCCGUGUCCCUGGGCUGGCGGACAGGGCCCCUGGCCAGUGAAAGCCCUCAGGUGAGAGAAGCUUCUAGUCCGUCCCCACAACUGACCAGAGCUCAGAAGGAGAAGAGACGGAGGAGGAGAAGGUGAAGGAGGAAGAGGAGGAGAGCAGAGAGGAGGAAG